AUGGCGAUUAGCGAUUCACCUGAACGACGAAUGACACUUUCACAAAUCUAUCACUAUAUUGACGCUCGUUUUCCAUACUACCGUAACUGUGAUCCGAAAAGACGUCAAGGAUGGCAGAAUAGCAUCAGGCAUAACUUAUCCCUAAACGACUGUUUUAUCAAAAAGGCACGCGAUGGUAUUGGACCGGCUAAUGACCGUAAGGGAAACUUCUGGACGUUAUCACCAGACAGUGUUAAUAUGUUUGACAAUGGGAAUUUCAAGAGGAGGCGACGAAUGCGACGCACGACAAGAUGCACUGACGCAGAAGACAAAACGUUGAAUUUACAACCUUGGUUCUUGCAAUAUAUGCAGCGACAGGCACAACAACAGCUUUUGGUUCACCCUCCAACAAUGUUCCAUUUACCAGACAACUAUGGACCAACAGGUAACAUUUGUUGGGCUGCUCCACCAGCGCAAAUCAUGGAACAGAAGGCUAUAUUACAUAGUAGUCCACCUGUAAUGCCUGCAACUAUUCAUCCGCCAGCAACAGCAAUUAUUUAUCGAAAUCCUGAUGAACUUCCAGAAGCUUGGACAAAUACAGUUAUUCAACAGCAACAGCAAGAGCAGUUACUUCCACCCAUGCAAACAUUAGAACAUCCACCCCGUAUCACCUAUGAAAAACUAGACGAAUAUCCAUCUUAA